UGCGCCAUAGAAUUCUUGUCUCCGUAACGGUGGUUCCGCUGUGUGCGCGCGGUCACACGCAAUUCUAUGUGUAAAUAUUGUUCAGUCUGUUUAUAGACUCGUUUCGGGCUUUGUGGAGUAUGAGACCUUCUUUUUUCCAAGGCAGUGACGUGUUUCAUUUAGAGUGAUAAGAACAAUAGACCACGUGGUACGACUUCGUUAUUCAGAUCACCGUAGACGACUAUGACGAGCUCGUCAGUACACUGCCACUUGGUGUCGCUUCAAGAACCCUGAUCAGUGGAAAGUAAAUAGUGCUUUUAGUGCGUGUGUUCAUAAUUAUAAAGAGGGUGUUAAAAGUAAAUUAGGUCGGAACUGUGGCAAUGUUGAGUACUUUCAGCAGUGUCGUCAGUAAUGUUCAUUACAAGCAAAGGAAGCCUGUAACUGAUAACUUCGUAUCGAAACUGUAUUAUCGUGCCAGCUUCGGUAUUCUCUUGGUAUCCACCGUCCUAGUCUGCAGCCGUCAAUACAUCGGUGAACAUAUCCGCUGUAUAGCCGAUGUCGGAUUGCCAAUCAAUGUAAUAAACACCUAUUGCUUCUUCAUGACAACCUUCACAGUUGUGAAACACGCUAAUGAAUCAGCGUUUCACAACGGAGUGGUUCCGCAUCUCGGUGUUGGCCCAUACGUUCAGAAUGCCGAUGCGCUCAAACGCCAUGCAUAUUAUCAGUGGGUUCCUUUCAUGCUCUUCUUGCAAGCAUUGAUGUUUUAUGCUCCACAUUAUUGUUGGAGGAAUUGGGAAGGAGGGAGAAUGGAGGCGCUGGUGAUGGGAUUGGAACACGCGUACCUAAGUCUGACUGCAAAGGAUGUGAAGCUAGAAUUUGGGGUUACAAUACCUUCGAGGAAGAAUGCAAGGCGGAAGGUAAUACUGAUCAGGAAUACUUUCGUCCAGAGGAAGCACAUCAACGAGUCUUGGACACGGGACUUUGUCUUCUCUGAGAUUAUAAGCGCUGUCAUCCUCGGGGUCCAGAUCUAUAUUACUGAUGUAUUCCUUGGAGGGGCUUUCUUGACUCUGGGACUGGACGUUCUUAAACUCGAUGACUCCAGCGCAACGAGUCCUCUGGAUUUGGUCUUUCCGAAGGUCACGAAAUGUACCUUCAGGAAGUAUGGACCCUCAGGAUCAUUACAAGUGCACGAUGCUCUGUGUGUGAUGGCACUAAAUAUUGUGAACGAAAAGAUAUACGUGUUCCUGUGGUUCUGGAUCGCAUUUCUGUGUGUGGCAACGUUGGCGGCGCUGCUCUGGAGGCUUCUGACUGUGAUCCUUCAUGCUCGAUGUUUACUAUUCAAUAGGAUCGUGUUUGGCUUUGCAAAUCCACAGGUCCUUGACCUCUGGGGUCUCGUCAUGCUCACCAAAGAAUGCCACUUCUCCGACUGGUUGUUUCUGUACUACUUGGCGAGGAACCUGGACGGGUUUGUGUUCCGGGAGCUGUUCCUCAGUGCUGCUGUGGAGAUGAGUGACGCCCCGCCAGAGAGUUAUCGUUACGCUAGCGAUGACGACGACGACGAAGACGAAGAGGAAGGAGGACAACAGAACGCUACGUAGCAGCAUCGUCCAGUGUUGCCAUGGAAAUGGAUUGAGGAGGAAAAUAUGCGGCUGGUGUCAGUUCAGACAGUUGAAGGAUGUGCGCGAAUUAUGGAAGUAUAUGACGAUUAUUGUCUUUUGAGUUGUGCCGCCGCGUAGUCUGGUAGAUAUUUACCGACGUUUCAGAAAAACCUGCUGCCUCCAUCUUCAGGGUAGACAAGCCAAGUGUGGGGGAACGUGGUACUGGUAUAGAAUGAAGGACUGUAUCACGUGUCCGACGCUGGGCUUACUCUUCUAUCCUGAAGAUGGAGGCAGAAUUUUCUUUCAAAUCUUCGGUGAAUACCACCAGACUACACGGCGUCACAUUCCAGAAAACAGUAAUCUUCACUCUUGCAGCAUCUUUAUAGUAUUAAACGUACGAUCUCUCCUUAUCGAGAAACUCUAAUCCCUUGUCCGUAAAGAACAAAUUUGUAACGUCUGAUCUGUUUUAGAAUUCAACGGCGUGCAGUUUGGUAGGAAGGUACCGACGUUUUUGCAGAACGUGGUAUUUUCAUCUUCAGGAUAGAACGCUUUUCUGCAGUAAAUCCACCUAGCCACAGUAUGACCCUGGGGUCGACUCAGCUUCUAACAGAAAUUAGUAUCAGGAAUCUUCCUGUGGAUAAA